UCGGGAGAGUUAUUAUGUGAAAUGAAUACAUGUACAAACAUUUUACUUAAGUAGCAUUUUAAAUACUUUCACAUUACUUACAAGUAUUUUUUUUUUUUACAAUGCCGUGUUAGUACUUUUACUUAAAAGUAAAUGAGCUAAACAUCCUUUACCACUCCACUGUACUUCAGACUGCUGCAGUACCGUCUAUGGUCGUUGGGGUCGCUGUGGGCGCAGUUGCUUUUCUGGAAUGCCCCGGAUAAAACCAACAUGAACCGGAAGCACUACACAACGGCCAUGGCCAGCAGCAUGUAGCCGACUUCAUUCACAACAAAUAUCGUGUAUUAAUUCUGCUAUUUUAACUGUUUUUUUCAAGAGUUCACGUAUUUAUUUUUUUAAUAAGCGGACAGAUAAAACAUUAUACCGGAGAUGGGAGUCCCGGCGUUUUUCCGUUGGCUUAGCAGAAAAUAUGCGUCAAUCAUUGUGCAUUGUGUUGAGGAGAAGGGUAAAGAAUGUAAUGGAGUUUGUGUUCCUGUCGAUACGACAAAGCCGAACCCCAACGAGGUGGAAUUCGACAACUUGUACUUGGACAUGAACGGGAUCAUUCACCCGUGUACACAUCCAGAGGACAAAGCCGCCCCUAAAAACGAGGACGAGAUGAUGGUCGCCAUAUUCGAGUACAUCGACCGUCUGUUCAACAUCGUGCGACCCCGGAGAGUUCUCUACAUGGCCAUCGAUGGAGUGGCUCCGCGGGCCAAGAUGAACCAGCAGCGCUCUCGGCGGUUUCGCGCCUCCAAAGAAGGCGUGGAACUGCUGGAGGAGAAGGAUCGCAUCCGGGAGGAGGUCAUCGGGAGAGGAGGUUAUCUUCCACCGGAUGAGGUUAAAGAGAGAUUUGACAGCAACUGUAUCACUCCAGGAACAGAGUUCAUGGACAACCUGGCUCAGUGUCUUCGAUACUACAUCGCAGACCGACUCAGCAAUGAUCCGGGAUGGAAGAACAUCACGGUCUUGCUGUCUGAUGCCAGUGUUCCCGGUGAAGGAGAACACAAGAUCAUGGACUACAUCAGGAGACAGAGAGCUCAACCGAACCACGACCCCAACACACACCACUGCCUGUGUGGCGCUGAUGCUGAUCUGAUCAUGCUGGGUCUGGCCACCCAUGAGCCAAACUUCACCAUCAUCAGAGAGGAGUUCAAACCCAACAAACCUCGACCCUGUGCUCUCUGUGGACAGAUGGGUCACGAGAUCAAAGACUGUCAGGGGACGCCGAGAGAGAAGCAGGGACAGCACGAUGAGUUUGCAGACUCGAUGCCGGUGUCCGAGCAGGAGUUCAUAUUCAUCAGGCUGUGUGUGCUGCGGGAGUACCUGGCCCGAGAGCUGACGAUGGCCAGCCUCCCGUUCCCCUUCGACUUCGAGAGGAGCAUCGACGACUGGGUCUUCAUGUGCUUCUUUGUUGGGAAUGACUUCCUGCCGCACCUGCCGUCCUUAGAGAUCAGAGAGGGAGCGAUCGAUCGACUGGUCAACAUCUACAAAGACGUCGUGCACAAAACCGGAGGCUACCUGACGGAGAACGGCUACGUAGAAUUGGAGCGGGUGGAGCUGAUCAUGCAGGCGGUGGGCGUGGCCGAGGACAACAUCUUCAAGAAACGCAAAGAGGACGACGAAGGCUUCAAGAGGAGAAUGAAAGACAAACGAAAGAGGAUGAAGGCGGAGCAGCGAGGCCCCGCCCACCUGACCUCGGGCCAGUUCGCCCCUCAGGCUCUGGGGAGGAGAGACCGACCUGAGGCUGUCCAGAACGCCCGGCAUCAGGCCUUCGACAUGCGGAUGCAGCACAACAAGGAUGCUGCUCAGUUCCUGAAGGCCUCCAUAAAGAACAGUGGCAAUUCAUCUGCAGGGCCGAGCGGCGGCGCCGACAACAGGGGUGUGAAGAGGAAGGCUGAGGACAGCGACAGCGAGCCGGAGCCCGAAGACGUCGUCAGGUUGUGGGAGGACGGCUGGAAGCAGAGAUACUACAAGACUAAGUUUGAUGUGGAUGUGAGUGAUGAGGACUUCAGGAAGAAGGUGGUCCGGUCCUACGUGGAGGGUCUCUGCUGGGUGCUGCGCUACUACUACCAGGGCUGCGCCUCCUGGCAGUGGUACUUCCCGUUCCACUACGCUCCGUUUGCCUCCGACUUCAAAGACAUCAAAGGGAUGUUCACGGACUUUGACAAGGACACCAAACCGUUCAAGCCACUGGAGCAGCUGAUGGGAGUGUUUCCCGCCGCCAGCGGCAACUUCCUGCCCGCCACAUGGCGGAGCCUCAUGAGCAGUCCGGAUUCUUCCAUCAUCGAUUUCUACCCCGACGACUUCGCUAUUGAUCUCAACGGCAAGAAAUACGCCUGGCAGGGUGUGGCCUUGUUGCCUUUCGUGGAUGAAAGUCGGCUGAGGGCGGCUCUGGACGACGUCUACCCCGACCUCUCACCUGAGGAAGUGAGGAGAAACAGUCUGGGCAGCGACGUGAUGUUUCUCCAGAAGUCUCACCCGCUCUCCGACUUCAUCCAUGAACUCUACCGCACAGAAUCUCAAGAGGGCACUGAGAUCCCUGCGGAGCUCUGUCAUGGGAUCCUGGGUACGUUAAAUCUUGACGACAACCCAAUUCUACCAGACGAGCUGGUGACGUCACCCAUCCCAACGCUGCGGGACAUCGAACAGAACCACGCCAUCGGGGUGAAGUUCAAAGAUCCGUACUUUGCAGCCGACUUUGUGUUCAAGGCGGUCCUCCUUCCUGGAGCCAAGAUACCCAACAAGGUGCUGAAGCCGGGGGACUGGGAGAAGGGCAACAGAGAACCAUGGAGACCCCAGCUGGGCUUCAACCAACACAGGCAGCAGGCUCACCUGGACCAGUCCGGCUUCAGGGCUCUGGGUCACAGUGUGAACAGAAACCGCGGUGGACAGUACAGCAACGCCCCGCCACCCAACAUGUACCAACAAGGAAGCUACCGUGGUGCACACAGCGGAGGCCACCAGUCGUUCCAACAAUCCAGGCACAACAGUUUACUGGGAGCGCCUCCUUCCUACCAGCAGUCCCAGUACCCAAGGUGAGUCGGGCCGGUUUGUCUGCUUCGUGAGAAAAUCAAUGUUGUUUUCUGGUUAGUCGCUGGAAGUUCAUGGUUAGCAUGCUGGACGUUACAACUCUUCAUCUACAGAAAGAAAAAGUAAAGAGACAUAUUUUUUCAUCCGUCUAACUCAGAUAGGGUUUAAUCUUUGUUACUUUGUCAGCCAAGGUCUUCAUCGACCCCGCCAUUGAAAGUUGGUUUCAUUUUGUGUCUAUUUUUGAUGUAAUUUAACCUUUUCCUCAAACUUCCCUGUGUUGUUGUACACUCAGUGAACUGAAGGUGUCUGUUUUUUCCAGCCUUCCUCCGUCGGGGGUUUCUUUUUUUCUCCGUCGCUCUAAAACAAAUUUCUCUGGAGGAGGUUUGUGCAGCUUAAUGAGGCAUCACUAAUGCUGCUGGUUGAUUCUGGCUCCAGACCUUCCUCCUCUCACAAGUUCCUAAUCAGGUUCUAUCAGUUCAACUUUUCAGGCCCAUUGUGGCUCCGAGUCACCUCGGGUCAGUAGUUAUUAAGCAGCGGCUGAAGAAACAGUUUCUUUAAACUACUCGGGAACCGGACCAAAUAAAUGAAAUGCAGGGGAGGAACUUUAGAGGAGAGGGGAUUACCGGUUUAGUCCGGCUCUGGUCCCGAGUGUGACAUGGUUCAGUAAUGAGGGAUGGGGGGGGGGGGGGCUCCGAGUUCCUUCUCUUCUUCUUUUGUUCCUGAGACUUUUAAUAUCACUGUUGCUUUGACGCAUUGUCAGGCGCCGUGUUUUUUUGUUUUUUUUUGCCGACUCUUCGCUCGGUCCCACGGACGGAUCCGCUCCGUAUGUGAAUCCGCUCCGUUUCAUACUCGGCUCGUUCACGUUAAGUCGUCGGAGAGGAGAGCAGCUUCUCGUCUCCGUCCGGAGGUAAACGCCCGGCCGAUGGGGGCUUUAGGGAGGUCAAAGGUCGCCUUGCCUCAGAAGGUCCAGCAUGUUUAUCUGCGGGAUGGACGUUCAUCAUCUCAACUCCAGCAGUCCUGUUUUAUUUAUUAGAAAGUUCAACAUAACUUCUGAUCCAUUUAAACUGUAUUUUAUUUAUUUAUUUGUUUUUGUUUAUAAGAGCUGCAGCUCAUGAUUAAUAAUGAAUGAAUCUGCUGAUUAAACUUCAUAAAAGAGAGAAAAGAAAUGACCUCUUUAAGCAGCAAAGUCCAAAAACCCAGAAAGAUAUUCAUUUACGAUAUGAAAGUGAGACGCUCCAAACAGAAUAAUCGAGGCUCCGAUUAAUCAAUUAUCUAUAAUAGUUGCUGGUUAUCGUUCUGUUGACCAACAAACCCUUUCAUCUUUAGAUCUUUUGUUUCUACUUAUUAAAUACUGACGGUCGUUUUAUUACAUGAACCAGACGUUCAGGUGUUCUAUUAUCACUAAUAUAGAUUAAAGACUAAGUCGAGCUUUUGAUUGAUGACACUUCAAACCAAACCUCUUAAUCCACGUUGGAUUAAACGCUCUGAUGACGUCACUGUUAGAUUAAAAGCUUCUUUAGAUAAAUAAGAUCAAUCUGAUAUAAUGAAGUUAUUUUGUGAUUCUUAACCGAAGAUGAAGCAUCGACAGAUUCUGGGAUGUUUGAAUUUCCGCUUCUCCUUCUUCCUCGUCUUCUUCUUCCUCCUCCUUUUCUUCUUCUUCUUCCUCCUCCUUUUCUUCUUCUUGUUCUUCCUCCUCGAAGGUCUUUACAUCCUCUUCUCUCAUUAUAUCUGUAUUGAUUACAGAUGAUGCUAUCAGUGUAUUAAACAGUUUUUGAUAAUUAACAGU